AUGAAAAAUAAUAUGAAAAACAUCCGAAUAGCAAAAAAUACAAUUAUGGCAAAACGAGAAAAAAAAGCACCUCCAGGCGAUCAUGUGGCUUGUGAAAGAGCUUUUGACGGGCCAAGGGGCGAUAUUGCACAUUCAUGGGCCACUGGCGACAUCCACUUUGAUUCCGAUGAAAACUUCCAAGAAACUGUUGAUCUGGGAGAUGAGAGUCAAGUUCAUUUGCUGAAGGUAGCCGUGCAUGAGGUUGGACACGUCCUAGGACUCUCCCACAUUGAGUAUGAGGACUCAGUCAUGUACCCCAUCUACAGGCACCCCACUAACAACGCCCAGCUGGAGCUGAGCGAGACGGACAGGAGUGCCAUGAAAGGCUUGUACGGCCAUUGUACAGGAACUUUUGAUGCUGUCUUCGAUUUCAUUUACUGGUCGUUGACUGAGAAACAGUUUCAUUACAACACGUACUUCUUCCGCGGCGAGAAGAUGUGGCUGUUCAUGAGCUCGCUGAACAGGACCAGACUUGGGGACCCCGUGUCCAUCGCGAGCAAGAACAACAACCUCUUCCUACACAAUGAGACUGACAACGAUGUUGCUGAAGGGUGGCCCAAGAAGUUGACGGAUAUUUUCCACACCGAGAAUGAACCCAUUUCAAUUCCUACCCCCAUCGACGCUGCAUAUUUCUCCGAUGCUGGAUCACUAUUUUUCAUGUUCAAAGGACCCUACUUUUGGAUGUGCAAGUGGAUCCACGGAGCGGAAAGUCACCCAUGUAAGAAUAGAAUGGAGAUCCGACAGUACUUUACAACCCUGGUGACUGACGAGUACCCGGAUACACACUUAAAUUUUUAA